AUGUCCCGACAACUCGGUGUCCGAAUCCGACGAGUUGACCCACUCCACAAGUGGGUCAAAAAUCGAGAAGAAAAAGAAAAGAAUGCACGCGCUUUCCAAAUCCAGACCCGCCUGAUCAAGUUGAGCUGGGACGCGGUCGAUAUUUCCGAGUGUAAAGAACCUACCCAGGAAUGGAAGACUUUAGUUUUCAAAACCAAGCUCCUUGAUGAUAAUGAGUGGAGGGAUAUACUCCCACAUCUGCUUGAUGCACUCGAACAGGUUUACGAAAAGCGCAUUGAAGAAGAGGUCUAUCACCGGGAGAUUGAACGUGGAAUAAUUAUCGGGAACUGGUUGGGCGGGUGGACCGACAAAAACACGGAGAGGUGGAAAACUCGUUGGCGAGAUCCAGUAAACCCCACUUCGGGCUCCGAGUCGAUAGGGACUUCGGAAAUGAUGCUCUAUUCACAGGGAAUCAAAAAAUUCAGUACUACUUUAAGCAUACCUUGGGCACCGCGUUCUAGUAAAGUGAUGACUACCUGCCCACAUGUUAUCGAGCUUUUGGCCAACGAUCUCCCAAUGGACGAAUUUGAGCGUAAAUUUGAAGAAAAGUAG